AUGGCCAGUGGAAGAUCAACAAUCAUCAGGCCGCCGCCGGACGACCCUAACAAGGCCCCGAUUGAGAACGUGCUGGAGGUGACGGAGCUCGGUGUGCUUGGCCCGGUCUCUCUGGGACCGCUUAUUAUCCUUCCUUACAUUCGAAACCGGACACUCACUCACUGGGAGACAAGACUGACACUCUGCAAGGACAUCUUCACCAACACACGCCAGCCGUGGCACCCCCCAGGCGCCCGCGGCAUCUUUGGCGGCGCCGUCAUCGCCCAGUGCCUCGCCUCCGCGCAGAAGACGGUCCCCAAUGACUUCUUCAUUCACUCGUGCCACUGCUACUUCCUCCUCGCGGGCUCCUCCGAGAUUCCUAUCCUGUUCCACGUCGAGCGGGUGCGCGACGGACGCUCCUUUGCGACGCGCACGGUCCAGGCCCGCCAGCGAGGGCGGUGCAUCUUCACGACCACCGUCUCUUUUGUCAAGGAGGGCAGCGGCGGCGAGAAGCAGGUCCGUCACGCGGCGCCGCUGCCCGAGGGCGUGAGGCCGCCCCCGGCCGAGUGGAAGGGCGAGCCGGAGUGGAACACGCACUCGCCGUUCCAGACAUACCGCAUCUCCCUGGUCGGCGCCAACGAGGGCAAGAGGCUCGACGAGCUGAAGAGCCGCAACUGGGUGCGCGCGCGGGGCCGCAUCUCGGUCAGCGGCGGGCACCAGGCGCACCUGAACGCGCUGGCGUACAUGUCGGACAGCUACUUCAUCGGCACCGUCGGGCGCAUCCACAAGCUGUGGCGGUUCCCCUUCAAGCCCGAGGAGUUUGCCGACCUGCCGCCCGAGCUGAAGGAGCAGGUGGAGAGGCAGAACGAGUUUGAGGGCAGCACCGAGGCGGGCGACAUGGAGUACUGGAAGACAAGGCCGCACCUGGGGAUGAUGGUCAGCCUGGACCACUCCAUCUACUUCCACGAGCCUAGGAGGGUGAGGGCCGACGAGUGGAUGUUCACGGAGAUGGAGAGCCCGUGGAGCGGCGACGGCAGGGGCGUCGUGCUGCAGAAGAUUUUUGCGAGCGACGGGACCCUUUUGGCGACUUGCGUUCAGGAGGGCGUUGUUCGGUUGAAGCAGGAGGAGGAUGAGGAGAAGGAGCCAAAGUCCAAGUUGUAG